UAUUUCUUUAAUAUUGAGUGAAUUGUUGUAUCUUCCAGUUAAUGUCUCGCCUGUACCAGGACACAGCUAUUCUAGUUUGGAACGGAAACGGAAUCUUGGGAAAAGAAGAGAUACAAAAAUUUCUAUCAGAUCUACCAACGUGCGAUCACUCUGUCAGAGUUUUGGACUCUCAGAAAAUUCUUGACUCUGCGGUAUCAAACCAGCUGGCCUAUGCUAUACUGGCGACGGGCACCGUCAAAUACACAGGAAAACCUAUGAAACAAUUCGCUGAGAAUUUCAUCAUCACAGCCGAAGGAGAGAGAUGGAAGAUUGUUAGUGAUAGCUUUCGGUUUCAAGAGUUUGUAUCCAAAGACGUAGCUUGAGUUAGUAUUGAUUUUUAGUAUUAAACAUAUUUUGUAAAAAUGUU